AGCAUAUCCUACCCGCCGCCGUCGCAUUUGUCGGUUUCCAAAAUAUAACUUUCAUCGACCGCCGGUUCCUGACAAUUUCGGGAAAAUGCCAAGCAAGAAUAACAAGCGGAAGAGACCGGAGCGGCCAACGAUUCACCCGCGAAACAAGUACGCCGACAGUCCUCCGGACUUCGCUCUCCUGGCGUCCCUCUACCCUUCUUUCGAGCCUUUCGUUUUCUACUCACGCGACGGUCACCCUAGAAUCGACUGGACCGACUUCAACGCCACUAGGGAGCUUACCCGGGUCUUGCUCCUCCACGACCACAGCCUCAAUUGGUGGAUCCCUGAUGGGCAGCUAUGCCCCACUGUGCCCAACAGAUCAAACUACAUUCAUUGGAUUGAAGAUCUUCUGUCUUCUGAGAUCAUUCCAAAAAAUCAGACUCUUGGAGAUUUAGUUAGAGGGUUUGAUAUAGGCACCGGAGCAAACUGCAUUUACCCACUGCUUGGCUCCUCCCUUCUGGGUUGGAGUUUCGUCGGUUCAGAUAUUACUGAUGUUGCAUUAGAGUGGGCUGAGAGAAACGUCAACAAAAAUCCACACGUGUCUCAACUCAUUGAGAUUAGAAAGGUUACAGUCCAUGGAGUUGAGCUGCCUGCUAAAGAGUUGUCUGAUGCUCUUGCAGUAGAUCAUGAAAGCAGUGAGGUUGCAGGUGGCCGUUAUUGUGGGCCGCCUAUACUUCUUGGGGUAGUCAGAGAGGGUGAGAAGUUUGAUUUCUGCAUGUGCAAUCCUCCUUUCUUUGAGAGCACUGAGGAAGCAGGACUUAAUCCAAAAACUUCUUGCGGAGGUACUCCCGAGGAGAUGGUCUGCCCUGGUGGAGAACAAGCUUUCAUUACUCGUAUGAUUGAAGAUAGUGUUGUCUUGAAGGAAUCGUUUAGGUGGUACACUUCAAUGAUUGGCAGGAAAAUAAACCUCAAGUUCCUAACUUCAAAGCUGCGGGAUGUUGGAGUGACCAUAGUGAAGACUACCGAGUUUGUACAAGGCCAAACGUGUAGAUGGGGAUUGGCUUGGUCUUUUCUGCCACCAACUAAGAAGAUAUUACCGCCUGCUGCAGUCCAGAGAACCAAUAUUAGCUUCAUGCUUGAGGUUUGGAUGACUGUUGCUUUCUACCUGUGGUCUUUUUGAGUGUUUCCUACUUAUGGUUUGAUUCUACUGUCUCCCAGAGGGUUGAUCGCCAAUUCAGUGCCAUGCAUAUAUUACAAUCAAUCGAGCCGUUAUUUCAGACCAACGGUGCAUCCUGUAAAUUGAAUGCCUCGUCAUUUACUGUUGAUAUCACUGCACCAAGGCUUCACUGUGAAGACCUCAUGAAGUAUGAUGCAAAAUGCAUUGAAAAACCGAUGGAGAGCAAACCGGUGGAGAAGGCUUCAGACAAUAUGAGUUUUCAAAUUUCAAUUUUUCAGCAGCAGCCAGGCACCUUGUUGGUGAAAGCAUCACUACAAAACAAAGAUUGUCCAUUUUCAGGAAUGUUCUCUUCGGUGAUCCAUAAGUUGGAGGAAAUUAUGAGGCAGAGAUUUUGUAAAGCAAGGGACUUACCUAGAUGAAGGACGCCCUUGGAGUUUCCAUUGAAGAACAGCAUGCUGAUAUGGUCAUUAAGAUAAGGCGAGAGGUGAUAAGCAGCCAUCUUAAUCAAGUUUGAAAUGUCCAUAGAAGUGGAUUUCCCAUAAGAAUUCCCAUUGUAUCAAUAGGUCGGUCUCAUGGGUUUUAUGUUGCUCAUAGAUACCUGGCUGUAAACUUCAGGAGUUUGGUUUAUCAGUUACCACUUACCAGAUUAAAAUGAAUGUUCAGUGUAGCCAAGUAACCUUUUAGAAUAUUUUUUUUCCUCCGAUUGAGAAAAAUGAUUCUGUUUUUGUGCGGCUAAGAAGGACAUCAAAAUUAUCAAUCGAUGGGAUGUCAAUUGUCUGCACCAAUCAUGAGAUGCCGAGUGGCCUAGUGCUGUCUCAUCCUUCCCGGUUGGGGCUCAAGAUAGGGUGCAUAACCAUGCACCCAUCAAUAACCAAAUCUGGACUCUUCAUUU